AUGUUGGAGCUUCCAAUCCUGACCAGUGCCGAAGUUUCCUUCUUUGAAGUGUAUUCGCACAAUAUUAACUAUCAGACACUGGCAUGGACAUUGCCGACGAAUAUAAACACCUCUACUAACAAACGGUACGCCGUAGCCCUCAUGGGCGACUACCUGCCGGAUCCUCUAACAACAGAGCUUGCCCAGCACAUAGGCAUCGAUAUGAAAAAGCACGAGGUCAGGGCAAAGUCAGUGACAGCCAUUGAGAAAGACGAGAAAUCAAUACGUGGAAAAAGUGCCGAGGGUGUCAAGCAAACGGGAGGAGAUAACCCAACCGCAGACUAUACUAAACUCAACAGCAAAGCGACUACAGCGAAGAAACAACGUGUGGUGAAAGGCCGGUCAGCUGUGCUGAAGAAAAUCAAUACUAGGGGGAAUGAAGUCUCUGGGGUCGUACUUUAGCAAAUAAGCCAAACAAUGUAAACUGUCAUAUCACAUUAAAAAAAUUAGCAGAACGGUUAAACGACGUCAAGCCGAAUUAGACGCACUUUCCACCGUACCAGUGCGUUCAACGUUUUCUGCAUGACCACGUUGAUAGCACGAUUACUUACGCCUGCGCAGAAGUAGAUGCCUAGAUGGGCAGUGACUACUACCUGUAGUACAAUUGUGCGCUCGGGUAGUCGCCUAUAGUAGAAGAACAGGGUGGUUCAAGGGCUAUGGGGACUUUCUUCAGCAAAUAAGCAAUAGACACCGAAACGUCACUUUAAAAUAAUUCUCAAUGACGUCGAAUGGAG